AUGAUUUACUUCACCUUCAUUGCUAGGGUUGUUGAUGGGCUUCCUCUCGCAGCUAACAUCCAAGAGGACGAUCGGCUUAGCCGACACAUUGUGGAGUAUCAGAAUCAAGCGAAGCAACUGGUGUGUCGCAUGACUCCGAACUCUCCUUCGCGAUGCUCCCUAAUUGCUUCCCCGUACAUGUUUCACUACCUAUUGGAUCGUGGUGUAUGUUACUUGGUCUUGACUGAGGGCCAGUUCAACCGAACUAAGGCAUUCGCAUUUUUGGAAGCCAUUCAGACUCAAUUCUAUGCAGAUUAUUCAUCGAAAAUCCACACAGUUUCUCGUCCCUACGCGUUUCUGGACUUCGAUCGCUUCAUCCGAAAAACUCAGAAAACCUACACUGACAGCCGAUCCUCUAAUCUCAACCAGUUGAACGUCGCACUUCAGGAUGUGCAGCGUAUUAUGGUCCAAAAUAUCGACGAUGUGUUGCAGCGUGGAGAAGCAUUAUCAGCUCUUGAUGCCCGUGCUUCCAACUUGUCCACAAUGUCGAAAAAGUACCGCCAGGAUGCAUCCGCGCUCAAUUUACAAUCGGCAUGGGUGUUCUAUUUCCUAUUUUGCAUCGUCAUUUUGGCUGUUUUUACGUAUAUUUAUUUGCGUUACGACGUCGUGGUUGACUGCACAGACAACCUUGCCACCCGUUACCUUGUCAAUGACGCUUGUGCAGUCUGUGGUUGUAAACCACUAGUCAGUGGAAGCGCUUUGCGUUUAGAAGGUCAAAUGACUGUCUAUCUGGCUGACCGCAUGCGCACAAAGGAAGAAGUGGACAGCAAUCGCCCACUACCCCAAUCCAAUCGCGCUCCGUGUUUCCGAUGCCUUUUUCCUGUUCCACCGCCCCCGACCAGUGUCCAAGGCUGCUCGGAAGCUGGAGUUUUCGGAGUCGUUCCCGGAAUUAUCGGCACUAUGCAAGCUGCAGAAGUGCUCAAACUCCUCACUGGUGUUGGAGCUGUUCAUAGUGGCCGGCUUCUUGUCUUGGAUAUGGAGCGCAACCUUACACGAACGGUGGUUCUUCGUGAUCCGCGCCCCGAUUGCGCAGUUUGUGGCGUCAAAUCGCAAGCCACUCCGGAAACUGUGAGAUCAACGGAUUACACCGAGUUUUGUGGCGCCCCGGAUCAUGACAAGCCGUCAUCCGUUAAUCUGGAGCGCUUCCAUAAUCGGAUUACCGUGCAACAACUUCACUCUUUGAUUCAGUCAAACGAACCCUACCUACUGAUUGAUAUCCGACCUCAGGUUGAAGUGGAUCUCUGCCGUCUUGCUCCUUGUAUUGCGUUUCCAUUUCAAACGGUUCUCCGUGACUCUGUUCUCGCCCAAAUCCAAUCGGCCUUGGAUGAGAAGCUGUCUCAAUCACCCAAGCGUCCGGUGCCCAUUGUACUUCUGUGCCACCGAGGGAAUAAGUCGCGUAUCGCCGCCACCCAGCUGGCAAGCGCCCUUCUCUCGUUUCGCCUUCGUAAUUCCCGGACGCAACUGGACUCCAUGGACACAGAUGCCGUCUUGAUCCCCAGCGACCUAGCAGAGGAGGGGACGGACUUCGUAGUGUGCGAUGUUGCCGGUGGUCUGGCGGCGUGGGCAACAGAGAUCGAUCCGAAUUUUCCCGUGUAUUAA